AUGAACAAGAAAAUGUAUUUCGAACAGUUACCAAAUGAAUUGAUCUAUGAAAUCUUCAAUUAUCUCGAUAUAUUUAGUCUCUAUCGAAUAUUUUCUCAUUUGAAUAUUCGUUUAAAUACAAUAUUAAAUCAUUUAACANCGGAUAAAAUGAACAAGAAAAUGUAUUUCGAACAGUUACCAAAUGAAUUGAUCUAUGAAAUCUUCAAUUAUCUCGAUAUAUUUAGUCUCUAUCGAAUAUUUUCUCAUUUGAAUAUUCGUUUAAAUACAAUAUUAAAUCAUUUAACAAAUAUUUCUUUUCAAAUCAAUUCUAGUGAAGAUACAAAUGAUCCAUUAAUUCAUCGAUUUGCUCAACAAAUAAUAUCAUUACAUAUUUUUCAUUCGAAUUGUAUUGAUUUUAUUUUAUUUUCUCAUAUUCGAUCAUUAAAUAUUCGAGAUUAUUUAUCCGAACGACAAUUAACACAAAUUCGCUAUGAAAAUUUUCCAAAAUUAGUUUAUCUAAAUAUGCCAUUCAUUAACGAAUCUGAUGAAUCUUACAAAUUCUUUCAGAGAAUAUUUUCCAAUGAAUUUCCACAUCUAAAUAAAUGUAUCUUUGGUGAUAUUUCAUCACCUAAUUCUAAAUCUUCUUGGUCAAUUUCACCAUCGAUACGAUCUUUAAUUUCAACAGGAUUUUGUCUUUCGACUUAUAUUCAUAUUCUUCAUUCUUGUCCAAAUUUAACGUAUUUACAUUGGUCAAUUGUUCGAUACUCAGAUGAUGAACAUUUUCCUCGAAAACAUUUUCAUCUUCAACAUCUUUAUCUUCGCACAAUUAAUCUGGAAACCAUUCGUUUCGUUCUCGAUUGUGUUCCUAAUCUGAAACGACUCUUUCUUGUCUCUGAUUGGUCACGUGGGAAUAAUUGUUCAUCAUUGAAUUUCGAAAAAUUAGCAGAAAUCUUUGAACAAUAUGUUCCCAAUUUAUGUCAUUUUGAUUGUAAUACAAUGGAACGAAAUCCAAUGGAAACUAAAAUGAUCCGUAAUUUUCAUCGUUCUUUUCAACGAAUUCAAUCCGAAGUGAUUCUCGAUGGUCGAACGAGAUUUUUCACAUUUUGUCCAAUGAGAAAUAGUCCAUAG